AAGAAGAGGGAGUCGGCGUCUCGUUCGUCGACGGCGUGGGCACGUGCUCUGAAGUGAGUCGCCCCCUCAAGCCGCGCGUUGUACAGCUCGCUGCGAGUCGUCGCCGGCGCCGCGGAUCCCUUGUGCGCGAGCGGGAUUUUCCCGCGGAUGGCAGCAAAAUCUUCUAGAGCAUGCCUUUUCUUCCUCCCCCAGAUCCCCCACCUCAAAAGCCAGUCCAACAUCUGCAGCGCGAGCGAGCAACAUGUAGCAAGAGGAGAAGUAGGUGGCGGCGGCGGCGGCGCGUGAGUUGCUUGCUGUGGCGGCAACGCAGAAGCGGAAGGCUGCUGUGGCACAUGUGUGGAAGGGCUCGGCGUCGUCAGCAUGGUAGCUGAAUGGCAAAGCAGCAACGGCGCAGCUGCGGAAGGGUGCGGGGAGCGCGGCGGCGAUGGCAACAUAAACGCGGAAUGGCGCGGGGAGCGCCGCCGCUGCGCUGGAGCGUGGUGGUGGAUUUACCGCAGCUGCUUCACCAACGGGAGCACCUUCUUCACCGGCACCUUCUUCCCCAACGCUGAACAUAGCCCGCUGUCUCAACUCUCAACCAUCGAUGUUUCCUCAAUCUUCAGAUCCAGCUACCUGCUAACAAAUCGUUCCCAAUUUUUCUUGAGAUUGUUCAUAGAAACUAGUGAUUGCAGGGAUUGCAAUCAAUUUUUGCCGAUAACACAUCUCAGUAGAUGCAAGUACAUUUGAUCCAUGAUUAGGCCCCCAAGAUGCAAGUACAUUUAGGAGAUGUUUGAGUCCAGUUCUAUUAGAAGGUGUGGUUUGAGUAUAGUUUUUAUAUUGCUCAGUUGGGUGAAUUAGUUCAACUUAUAGUUGACACGGAUAUUGAUAGUGAGUAAUACUUUAUGAUCAAUACUUACCUCUAUUAGACAGUAGGUCUGGACCAUCCAUUUGUAUGUGCAAGAUCAUGAAGAUUAGGAAUAAAACUACUGAAAGAAAACCCUGAACAUUACAACAGCUUUGCUGAAUCUCAACAUGUUUAGCAUAAGAUGGCAUUGUUCGAUCAUUAUUGGGAACCAGAGUGUUAUUUACAUCAUCCAUUGUGAUCUAUGCAGCUAUUUUUUUGCUUAUCUGUAAUAUAUCAUAUUGCUUUUUGCAUAGUGUACAUUUUGCAGGGACAAAUCCAGUCUCCAGUCAAUUUCGCCAGGUGAUGAUCCUGCUCCGGACGGUGAUGGACCAGGCACUCUUGAAGUCACUGAUGAAGGCACAGAAGAAAUGGAGGCUACGGAUGAAGCUCGAGUCUGAAGCCAUGGAGAAACUUGAAGAUUUUGAUCCAACCUGUACACAGUUGAAGAUUUCAUCGCUGAGGACAACACAUUACAAGCAUUUGGAAGGAAGAUUGAUGAAAAGUUGAAGGCCAAGAUCGACACAUUAUUAUACAUCAUCUGAACCAUCUCAUCGGCUACAUAGAUAGCUACAAAGAUCAGAUUUAUCCUUAAUUACCAUGUCUAUGGAUAAAUUAAAUACCUUGCAGAUAGUUAAAUAGACAACUCAUUGUACAAUAUGUCUUUUUAACUGUCUCACAGACAGCAGCUGUCUAAACUUUAUACGUGCCCUAAUCCAUCUUUAACUUGCUGCCAAAUCACGGCGUGCUGUGCCUUUGACAGCAUGUUCUUAAUUAGUCUCUCAAAUAGCCUAACCCACAAUGAGUGAUGUGAAGGCCAUCACCCCCUGACCUAAAUUGUUCUGCAAAGCAUACACAUUAACACUGGGGAUCAUUUACCGUUCGCAGGUAGCAGCAACAGACCACUGUAACAAACAAAUAAUUGGACACCGGGCAAGCAGUCCCCAAAGGAAACAGAGAAAGAAAAAGGUAGGCCAAAAGCAAAAGAGUCGUGUGGUUCAAUUCUCUUUGUUGACCGCACCAGACCCUCCAGGCUCCACGAAUGUAUUACUGUAUAAGUAAUCAGAGAAGGAACAAACGGAACCAUCCAAGGCAACGUCUUCCUUCCAUUAACCAAACACCAAAGCAAGCAACGGCAGCUGUGAAGCCGCAGGAGAGAUGGCGUGUGAGCCCUACCCGGAGACGGGGGCAAAAGUCUCGCCGGGAACACCGCCGUCGCACGUACGUCGACCGCAUCAGCUUCGUCAGGACUCGGGACGUCUCUGUCUUGCUGUCUCUCCUCUACCUCCGUCUCCUUCACUUCACCGGUCUCCAGUCCAGGUGACCCAACACGCACGCCAAUGCCGCUGCAAGCUCCAGCAAAUGAACCCAGAAAUGAACGACACAGCCACAUCACCAGACAGCUUCAGUGCCACCAUUUCUUUCAUCGGUAGCUUUUGCACUGUUUUCUCUUGCUCACCUCACCUUCUUCUAGAUAGAGUACUGUACCAGAUCCUGCUGCCACUUUUGGAGCCUUCCGUCUCCUUCACUUCCCUUCCCUUCCGUACCUCAAUCACCGCGUUUUUCCAACCUCACCAUCCAUUCUUCCCUCCUACCCUCACGAGCCAGGCACACUACAUAUGCAUCUCACCCUCAUCACUCCCUCCAGUAAUUCCCUUCUUGCUCACCUCGAACCUGCAGGCUUGUUGCAGGCCGAUUCUGCUGCCUCAUCAUCCAAUCCAUGGAUGCAGGCCGGGGCAGCAGCAACAUCUUCCCGAUGCCGCAGAUUCCGGCGCUGCUCUUCCCACCGCCGCCGCCACCACCAUUGCCAUCUUCCUACUCCCUUUCUUCUUCCGCCUCCUCUCGCCACGCGCCAUCCAUCACCAGCUUCCCCAUCCUCGUGCUCACCGUGCUCGGCAUCCUCACCACCUCCGUGCUCCUCCUCGCCUACUACAUCUUCAUCAUUCGAUGCUGCCUCAAGUGGCACCGAAGCUCCCCCUCCAACGCCGCAGGCCUCAUCGGGCGCCGCGGACGACGCCAGAAUGCAACCUCCAGCACCAGCACCACCAGCAGCGUCCCGGUCUCCGGCGCAGCGCCCGCCGAGGCGCGCGGGCUCGAGGAGGCCAUCAUCCAGGCACUGCCGGCCUUCAGGUACAGGAAGGCCUUCAAGAAUGCCUCUGCCACUGCUGAUUCUGGAGCUCCCACCAGCGAGUGCGUGGUGUGCCUCGGAGAGUUCGAGGAUGAGGAGAGGGUCAGGAUGCUGCCUGCCUGCCUCCACGUCUUCCAUGUCGGCUGCAUUGACACUUGGCUCCAGAGCAACGCCAACUGCCCGCUCUGCAGAGCAGCCAUAAGUGGCCACUGCCUGCUUCCACCAUUGGAUCACCCCCCGCGGCCUGAGCCCGACGAGGUGGUCAUCCAGGUCGGCCACACUGCUGAGGAAGAAGCCGCGCAGGCACAGCAUCAGCAAGCCAGCAUGGCGGUGGCAUCUUAUGAACCUGCAGAGGACACCACUGCAUAUCUACAGGUCAGCAGUGACAAGAGGAAGAACAUGAAUGCUUGGCGUGAUAUUGAUAUCAGCAGUAAGGCAGAUGAGUGCAAUGCGGAGAGGAAGGACAGAGAUGUUCUUCCCUUGAGGAGGUCCUUCUCCAUGGGCGAAAUGGCUGGUGGGGAGGUUUACCUGCAGAUUCACAACAUUUUGCAGAGGAAUACUCAUUUACAUGGGGAUGAUGGUGACAGCAGCAGCUCAGUGUAGUGUAGGGCUUUAGUUUGAUCAAUUGGCUCAGUAUUCUUUGCCGAGGAAUGUGAUAUCUUGGGGCACCAUGUAUGCAGGUCAUUGUUCUUCUUUCAUCUUCUUUUCAACUUCUUAGAAAUAUGCAAGAUAUAUCAGAACAAUAUGAUUAUAAAUGAUGGUUUUGAAA